UAGCCCCUUGGAAUCAAGAAUGUCUACUGAGGCGAUUUCAGAGCAUUUCACGACACCCCAGGAUGAUCCAAACUCUGAAGAUAAGAAGGAGCAGAGCGAGAGGAAUGAAACUCAAAAUCAAACCACAGAAAGAGAACAGGAUCAUACUGAUGAUGAACAAGAUGACCUGAUCCAACUGGAAAAGCAUGGCAUUACGGUCAGGAUUUCGAAAUAUGAAAUUUACCGCGCAAAGGACAUCACCGUGGAAGUGAUUGAAGACGUCCCACCUGAGCUAGAGCUGAAGGAGACAGAAGCCGUCAUUGCGGUUGGACUGAAGAUGUCGCCUUCUGAUGCAAUCUUUGACAGUCCUGUGAAAGUAACGAUGCCCCAUUGCGGUGCAUUCUCAAAGCCAAAGGAUGCAGAAGUCUACAUCCAUUAUCGCAACAACGAUUCUACAAAGUUUACUGCAAUUCUUUGUGCCAGCACGAGUAACGUGAGAUGUGUUGUGAGAGAUCGCGAUCUGGACAUCUACGUCAACCACUUCUCAGAAUAUUGGAUUGUUGCUAAAAUACGACGGAUAUUUAUUGGCAAACGUGUUGUCUGUACACCAAUCAUUCCUGUGUCAGCACCUAGAAAUCGCCUGCCCGUUAUGUGGGUCAAUGUCAGGGACCAAAAUAUUGCAGAAGGACAGGUUCCAAAGGGAUAUGAGGUCCCGAUUCCUGGAGAGCAAUUCUUAAUCAGGUGGAAGUCAGGGGGAUUACAAAUUUCUUGUAAAGAAAGUACGUUGAAAGACAAGCCCCAGAUUGUCCAGGAAAGGGAAUUUCGUCAUCUCACUGAGCACAAAGUAAUGUUCGAAGUGGAUACACCAAAUAUCACUGAGAAUGAAGUCAACCUACACAUCACCCUAAAACAGAAUACAACGAAGAUGCUCAUAGUUCCAAUGUCAUUAAAUGAAACAGCUACGGUGAUGUCAGAGGGAGGAGCAGGUUCACCAUCAACGAUAGCGUCAUCAUCCUCAUCGGCUGACAAUCAUCCUGCAGAAACCGUGGGUUCUGGUUCUACUUCUGAAACAAGAGAGCCAGGGGGAAAAUGUGAGAGCGAUUUCGAUGACAUUCUGAGGGCGAUUGCAAAGAAGAUCGUCAAAAGCAGUGAUAUUGAUAAUCUAGGCGGUAAGCUUGGCUUUGAACCAGAAGAUACACAACGCUACAUACAGUCUAACACGGAUGCAGAUUACAUGGGGACGCUGAAUAUGCUCCGAACAUGGAGGAGAGGAACAACUGAAUCAAAAGAACGUGAACAGUUGGGGAAAGCCCUUUUAGAUAUCAAGCGGAAGGAUCUGGCAGACAAAUGCGUGGGUGAUGCCAAGCUUAAAUGAUCCUAAAAUUUUUGUAAAAAAAGUAAAUAUAAAGAGACAGCUGAAUCGGAAUUUUCCCGCCUAAGAGUAUCUAUUUAUUGGAACUAUCAUGAAAUAGUACGCCUUGCAAAUAUGAAUCAUUUUCACAGAAAUUCAUUAGAAUUCUAGAUUUAGCUUGGAAUUUUAUUGGAUUUCUCCACGGUCUAUAGACUGGUUACCAGACAGCAGCAGAUCUAGCCUUUUACCUAGAGGGGGAUUUGACCAGAAGGAAUAUCACCGCAAACCGAAAAGCGGCGAUUUGUAUUUGCUGUUUUCAGGGGUGGUUCCAGCUUUCGCACAUAUGGGGGGGGGGGGCGAAAAUAUUUUCCCCGCAUUUUUCCUGGUAGGCAUCUCAGAGCUGUGGGUUGUUGGUUUCUUUGAAGAGGAGGUAGGUUUAUUUACUUCGUAGAUAAGUUUUGACAAUAACACCUGAAAAGUGAUAUCUAAAAUACUUUAUGGAAUACAUGAAGUGAAUAGGUACUUCACAAAUCAAAUAAUGCGGUCAUGCAGCGAGAUCUUAAAAAAUAGAUAUUCAGAUCACAAAACGGGACAUUUGUUCAGAUUACUUUUUAUCUUAAAUCAAUUGGAAAUUAAACAAUAUAAUGACAGCUCGAUAUCCGAGCUGAAAUAUGUAUAUUGACUUCCAAACCGGAUGUUUUCAGCUCAAUUUUAGCCUAGUUAGCAAGACCUGUACAUCUCAUCGAAAAGGCAAUGUGAGCGGGAAGUGCGAGUGAAAAUUCUAAAUAGUGAUAUGAAAGUCUUUUUUAUUUUCCAAGUCUUCUCACCAUUUUUUAUUAUCUCGUGUCCCUCUUUUUUUCUCUGUUCUUUUCUC